ACCCGCCCGAGGAGAAAAGAGAAUUAAUACAAAACUUUAUUAAAGAAGAAGAAGAAGAAGAAGAAGAUGAUGAAAUACAGAAUGUAACUCAUGAAAGUUUAAAUGAGUCAAAUGUAACUGAAGAAAGCAUAGACGUGAAAAAAAAAUAUGAAUCUGAAUUUGAUAAUUGGUUUAAUUCACCCGAUUUCGAUAAAACGUACGGUCCAAAGAAAAUUCAUAGUCAAAUCGUUUUGGGGACUAGUGUGGUUAAAUUCACUGGCGAAAAAGUAAUAGUCGUAGGCUCUAAGAAAAUAGAAUUCCGUUUAACACCAGGUCUUUUACAACUAAUUUUUUUAAAAUCUCCGAUUUCGUAUACCCGACAAGAUCUAGACUCGUACAAGUCUAUAUUGUUACAAACGAAUGCACAUUUAACAGCCGAUGGAUCCAAGGUAAAAAAAGGUAGUAAAAAAAGGUAGUAAAAAAUAUUUAAAUAUUAUUUCAAAAUUAUUUCCCUUCGGUAGUGGACUACGAAUGAAAUUACAGAAAAGUAAUUUAGUCUACUGGAAUUCUCCAAACGAGUUAGUCGAUCGUCUUCGAUUACUUUGUGCUUCUAAAACAGCUAGGAAUACACGAACGAACGAGAUUAUAUCUAUUCUCGAAGAAUUACUCGAAGCCGGAUUAAUAAAACGUAUCCCAAAUGUCUAAACGAGAUAUCGCACUCGAGCUACACAAGCCGGUGAGAAGAAAUUAUAUUCGACGUACGGUCAAUGUUUAUGGUAAAAACGAUUUAUGGCAAGCUGACUUGGUUGAAAUGAUACCAUAUUCAAAACAAAAUAAAGGAUAUAAAUAUAUAUUAUGUGUAAUAGACUGCUUUACAAAAUAUGUAUCGGCCAUACCUUUGAAAUCAAAAACUCGAAAAGAAGUCACAAAAGCAAUGUCCGAUAUAUUAACUUUUCGCUCACCAAAGUUAUUGCAACUUGAUAAUGGAAAAUAAUUUUACAAUUUAUCGUUCGAUACUUUAAUGGCUAAACAUAAUGUUAAAAAAUACUCUACGUUUAGUACUACUAAAGCAUGUGUCGUAGAACGGUUUAACCGUACUCUAAAAGGAAAUAUGUUUAGAGCUUUUACCGCAAACGGAUCUCGCGAAUGGGUUUCUAUAUUAUCACAGUUGAUUGAGAAAUAUAACAGUUCAAAACAUCGGACUACCGGGAUGACACCGAUACAGGCUGAUCAAAAUCCGUCAUCGGUGAUGUUAAAUCAACGUAGUAUACCUGUUAGAAAGAAAAAAUUCAUAGUCGGUGAUAAAGUACGAGUUAGCGUAAAUAAGGGCGUGUUUACAAAAGGCUAUUUACCCAAUUGGUCUACGGAAGUUUUUACUGUUGUAAAAAUAAAUGAUACAUUACCGUUUACAUAUCGGUUGGAAGAUUACAAAGGAAACCCGAUAAUCGGCUGUUUUUAUACAGAAGAAAUAAAUAAAACCUCCUUUCCGCACGAUUAA